GCCGGCGGGAGCCUGAGCAAGGAGCGGGUCCGUUGCGGAGCCGGAGGGCGGGAGGAACAUGACAUCGCGGAGAUGGUUUCACCCAAAUAUCACCGGCGUAGAGGCAGAAAACCUACUGCUGACGAGAGGAGUUGAUGGCAGUUUUUUGGCAAGACCCAGUAAAAGCAACCCUGGAGACUUCACGCUUUCUGUUAGAAGGAAUGGAGCUGUCACCCACAUCAAGAUUCAGAACACUGGUGAUUACUAUGACCUGUACGGAGGGGAGAAGUUUGCCACUCUGGCUGAACUGGUCCAGUAUUACAUGGAGCACCACGGGCAGUUAAAGGAGAAGAAUGGAGAUGUUAUUGAGCUCAAAUAUCCUCUGAACUGUGCAGAUCCUACCUCUGAAAGGUGGUUUCAUGGACACCUCUCUGGGAAAGAAGCAGAGAAAUUACUAACCGAGAAAGGAAAACAUGGUAGCUUUCUUGUGCGAGAGAGCCAGAGCCACCCUGGAGAUUUCGUUCUGUCUGUCCGCACCGGUGAUGACAAAGGGGAGAGCAAUGACGGCAAAUCUAAAGUGACUCAUGUCAUGAUUCGCUGUCAGGAACUGAAAUACGAUGUCGGUGGAGGAGAACGGUUUGAUUCUUUGACAGAUCUUGUGGAACAUUACAAGAAGAAUCCUAUGGUGGAAACGCUGGGCACAGUACUACAGCUCAAGCAGCCCCUCAACACAACUCGUAUUAAUGCUGCUGAAAUAGAAAGUCGAGUUCGAGAACUAAGCAAAUUAGCUGAGACCACAGAUAAAGUCAAACAAGGUUUUUGGGAAGAAUUCGAGACACUACAACAACAGGAGUGUAAACUUCUCUAUAGCCGAAAAGAGGGUCAGAGGCAAGAAAAUAAAAAUAAAAAUAGAUAUAAAAACAUUCUGCCCUUUGAUCAUACCAGGGUCGUCCUGCAUGAUGGUGAUCCCAACGAGCCUGUUUCCGAUUACAUCAAUGCGAAUAUUAUCAUGCCUGAAUUUGAAACCAAGUGCAACAAUUCAAAGCCUAAGAAGAGUUAUAUCGCCACACAAGGCUGCCUGCAAAACACGGUAAACGACUUUUGGCGGAUGGUGUUCCAGGAGAACUCGCGAGUGAUUGUCAUGACAACAAAAGAAGUAGAGAGAGGGAAGAGUAAAUGUGUCAAGUACUGGCCCGAUGAGUACUCACUGAAAGAAUAUGGGGUCAUGCGUGUUAGGAAUGUCAAAGAAAGUGCUGCGCAUGACUACACGUUAAGGGAACUUAAACUCUCCAAGGUCGGACAAGCUCUACUCCAGGGGAAUACGGAGAGAACGGUCUGGCAGUACCACUUUCGGACCUGGCCGGACCACGGAGUGCCCAGUGACCCUGGAGGUGUGCUGGACUUCUUAGAGGAGGUGCACCAUAAACAGGAGAGCAUCAUGGACGCAGGGCCAGUUGUGGUGCACUGCAGUGCUGGAAUUGGCCGGACAGGAACAUUCAUCGUGAUUGACAUCCUGAUUGACAUUAUCAGAGAGAAAGGUGUCGACUGUGACAUCGACGUUCCCAAAACCAUCCAGAUGGUGCGGUCCCAGAGGUCAGGGAUGGUCCAGACAGAAGCACAGUACCGAUUUAUCUACAUGGCCGUCCAGCAUUAUAUUGAAACACUACAGCGCAGGAUUGAGGAAGAGCAGAAGAGCAAGAGGAAAGGGCACGAAUAUACCAAUAUUAAGUAUUCCCUAACGGACCAGACAAGCGGAGAUCAGAGCCCCCUCCCGCCUUGCACCCCAACGCCACCCUGUGCGGAAAUGAGAGAAGAUAAUGCUAGAGUCUAUGAAAACGUGGGCCUGAUGCAACAGCAGAAAAGUUUCAGAUGAGAAGACCUGCCGGAAUGUCAGCACAGAAUAGAUGUGGACUUUGACCUUCUCCCUAAAAAGAAUAAGAACAGACACAAGAAAGUUUUUGUGAAGAGUGAAUUUGGAUUUGGAAGGCUUGCGUUGUGGUUGACUACCUUUUGAUAAGCAAAAUUUGAAACCAUUUAAAGACCACUGUAUUCCAACUCAACAGUACCUUAUUUCCAGUAACUCAUUUCCUCAGAUAAGAAGAAAUCAUCUCUACAGUGUAGACAAUGCUGUAUUUUAUAGAAUUUUGUUUUAAAUUGAAGAAGCAGUUAAAUUGUGCUCUAUAUUUUACAGAUUAUAGGGAUUCAAAUAUAGAUAGGAUGGGGAUUUUUUUUUUUUUUGGUUUUAUAACCUUAAUUUAAUUUUCCCCGUUUUUAUGGAAGAUGAUGGGGCACUUGUAAGAAAUGAUUUGGGAAAAUUAAGUAACAACAUCCUGGAAGAGUGAGAACAAUCUCAUUUACCAAAGUGUAACCAGUAGUGGAUAUUUCAUUUCGAUGGCUUAUUUCUGAGGGCUUAAUGGUAUUGAAGCCAGUGCCUGAGACUGUCAGAAGUUGCCUGUCUUCCUUUGCAUUGGCAUUAGAAAGUCAUGGGGGAAAAAUCAUGGACACGUAGGAAUUAGGAUAAGAGGUGUGUUUUCUUCUUAGCAUGUGACCAAUUACCAUUCAGCUGUUGACCGAAGACGUUGUGGUGGGAAAAUGGUUGCCAUAUUUUCUUUGCAUAUGAGUAAUUGUCUUGUAUUUAGAAUAAAAGGCAUCUGUGGAUGACCAGCUCUUUGGUUAUCCGAUGUCACUGACAAACUAUCCCAAAACUUUGUGGCCUGAAACAAUACCUCAUUCCUUGCCCUCCCCGUUGUGGAAUCUGAGCUGGGCUCAGUUGAGCUGUUCUGCUGGCCUCAUGGGCGAGCACUCACGUGGUCAGCAGGUUGGCUGAGACACUGGGCUAGCUGGCUUCCCUCUGCACAUAGUCCUCCAGGUCUUUCCUUCUCCGUGUGGUCCCACCGAGUGGCCUCACCAGCAGAAUAGCUAGGCCUUUUACAUGGCAGCUCGGAGCUCCCAAGAGCUCGAAAGCAGAAGUGACCAGACCUUCUUAAGACUUAAGCCCAGAAGUGUGGCAGCAUCCCUUCUCUUGGCCUCUAUUAAAUUAAACAAGUCACAGCCCCAGCCCCGAUUCAAGAAGAGGGUGUGACAUGGAGGUGCCAUUCACUGGGAGCCACCAGUCUAACAGACUGUCACAACUGGUGCCGUGAAAAACCAACUAUAGUUAGUAAAAGUAGAAGCUGCAAAUGACCUGGGGAAACUGCAGCUGCUUAUCAUAGCGGUUUAAGCUGAAAGUCAGAUUGAGAAAUACAGAGAGCUUUCAAGAAACUUCCUGAAGCAGUUCUGCCCACUCUGAGCCUGUUUUCUGACCCAUCACUUGAGAAAACUGGUCUCAAAAGGAUGGAUGUAUUUAGGGGGACAGACCAUCUGAAAGCAGAACCCCCCCGUCAUUGAGGUGCCCUGUAGACUCUGGCGAACGUGCUGCUUUCAUAAUGCCACUGGUUCUCGAUAGGGCUUCACUCGCAUGCACACACAGUCAGACUACAGUGAGAAGGGGCUUUUCUAAGGAAGUUUCCAAUGGGAUUGAAUUAGCUCAUUUUUGUUUUAGCCAAGCAUUAAGAUUUGCUAAUGUUCUGCCUUAAGUGCCUUCUCCAAAGACAUCCCUCUUUGCCUCGUGUGUUGAAUCAUCCUCCAGUGAGUGUGUUUCGAUCACAGCAUCAUUGGUAGGCUUUUGUAAUGGUGAUACACUGUGGCAGCUUUGCCAUGCUACCAUGGUCUCCUUAUUCAGAUUCUUCUUACAUUGGCACUUGAAAGGAAGGAAUAGACCUAGCCCAGGGUGUAGUUCCUUCCUAAGGUCUCUUAUUCCCUUGAAACCCUGAGAUAGUUUGGGGAGCACAGUAGCUGCCAUUUUCACAGACAAAAUGUAUAUAGACCUCCCCACACCACUACCCGACUAUCCAUGGAACUUAGAUUGGCUUCAGAACACAGGUGUGGCCUGAAGGAUUCCCUUGUUAGACUUGUAAUGACUACUGCCUUGUCAGAUCUGUGAAGAGAUUCCAGUUCAGUAUUUGCAAUGAGGAUCUUGAAUCCUGUUCUUUUGAUCACAUUGUCACAUUGAAUCUUUCUCCAUUUUGCUUUGAUUUUGUGGUAAUGUUUUGACUCUAGACUCUGAGGGCCAAGUAUUUCACCAGCAUACAGGGGUUUGAUUGUACAAGUGGAUCUGCUACAUUCAUGUCUCCAUCCGUGGCUGAAGAUCAGUUGUUUUUGCACUUGGAACAGAAAUACCUGAUCUUGGCUGCUUUAUUUGUUUACAAGACAUUGAUUUCAUUCAUAUUUCCCUCCACAAAGUCAGCAAACUAUUAUGUUGCUAUGUAAAAACAAAACAAAACAAAAAGCCGAGAGAUUGAUAUAGUCCCUAGGUUGGGAAGGUUUGUGUGUUUGGUAAAAGUGAUCGCAGGUUCUCAGAUGAGGUUAUUGUACAAGGGCUGGAAUCAGGCAGAGGGGCGGGGGAGAUGGGGGAAGCUCAAGGAGGGAAUUUUAAAAGUGGAAAUGAAUGUUCCCAAGAGGUGGUUUCUGAGGAAGUCACAGGCCAGGAGCCAGAGCAGUCAGUAACAGGUGAAUGAAUCGGGCUACCUGGGAAGUAGAUAGAUGCGUGUAAGUUCUGAAUUGCUGGUAGACAUUAAAUAUGCACAAUAUCCCAUAGCUGGCUGGGUAUUUUAAAAUUAUACAUGUAGGAUUUUAUAUUAGAAUGAAGAAAUUAUCUGGCACAUGGUACUGGGGUUUAAAACAAUUUUUCAGAGUUUUAUUAUUAUUAUUUUUUUUAAAUAAAAAGGCACCUCAUGUCCAGUGUAUGGCCCUCUAUAAAAUACGGUUCUCUCUCCCAUGGAAAUUGUUGACUUUCACAUGUGGCUGCAUGGGGAUGAGAAAACAGACGUAGGACUUUCUUGGUGUCUGUAUUCUUUACAGCACCCAG